AUGAUAUACAUCUUGUGGAACUGUCAAGGCCUUGGGUCGGACUUGACAGUUCGUGCUUUGCGGGAGAUGAUCCGCAAAUACCGGCCCACUGUUGUGUUUUUGAUGGAGACCAAAUCAAAAAACAAUAGAAUGGAGAAAGUAAGAAGAAGUUGCAAUUAUCAGCAUGGCUUUUGUAUUCCUCCCAUCGGUACUGCAGGAGGGCUAUGCCUAUGGUGGGAUACGAAUAUUAACCUCGAGAUUUUGAGCUAUUCUCAAAAUUUCAUUGAUACAAAAAUAUCAGAUAUGACUACUGGCACACAAGGCAGAGCCACCUGGGUUUAUGGGACGCCAUACAGGGAAGAUAAGGAGAUCUUUUGGAACAGAAUGGAGCUAGAGCUUCAGCCAAUGAACCUUCCAUGGUUUUGCGGCGGAGACUUCAAUGAGAUUUUGUGGUCUUUUGAAAAGAGUGGGGGGCAACUUCACCCACCAAAUCGUCCGAGAUAUCUACGUGAUUUUAUGGAGAAGGUUGAAUUGGUGGAUCUUGGAUAUAAUGGGUCAUGCUUCACAUGGCGUGCACGAAGGCAAAAUAAUCAGUUUAUACAAGAAAGGCUUGAUAGAGGCCUAGUUAACAUUUUGUGGCAAGAGGAAUGGCCAAACACAACGGUUACCCAUUAUCCUGCAAUUGGGUCAGACCACAAUCCUAUCAUUGUGGAAACAGAUCAUCAUUUCAGCAGGGGGAAACGAGUUUUUAAAUUUGAAGCCCUUUGGGUGGAGGAUCGCGAGUCUCAUCAAAUUAUUGAUCAUGGCUGGAGUACUAAUGCCAACGGACAAUGGAUUGACAAGUGGCAAACUAAGCUUCAAAAGUGUACUGAGUUGCUCACCCAGUGGAGCCGUGAAAAAUAUACAAAUAACAGGAAACGGGUGGCAGCUCUACAAGCUGAGCUUCAAGAUCAACAAGGAAGGUGGGAGGAGAAUUAUGAGGAGAUCAAAAGGAUCACUAGCAAUUUAAAUGACGCUUGGGCUAGGGAGGAGACAUAUUGGCACCAGCGAUCUCGAGUGAAAUGGCUCAAUGAAGGUGACAGGAAUACAGCUUUUUUUCAUCACUCCACCAUUGCUCGACGGCGACAGAACCGAAUUUUGCGAAUCCAAGGGAAUAAUGGCCAGUGGUACUCCGGGCAAAAUGCUACAAGAAGAGUGAUUGAGGAACACUUUAAAGGCCUAUUCUCAACUGAUGGCGUGGAGGAUGAUUUGGAUAUCCUAUCUUGUGUGGAUCCUGUUGUCACAGAGGACACUAACACUGCUCUAUUACAGGAAAUUUCCUCUCAAGAAAUUAAAGAUGCAGCAAUGCAAAUGGGAUCUCUUAAGGCCCCGGGGCCGGACGGAUAUCAAGGGAUUUUCUACCAUCAUUAUUGGGACAUAAUCCAUAGGGAGGUUCAAGGCUUUGUGAAGGAUUUCUUUGCUGAAAGCUGUUUGAUUGUUGAAGAGCUCAAAGAGGAAUCAUAUAAAUACGAAGCUUGUCUGCACAACGAAGGAGUACAAAACAAUUCUAAAUAUCCAGAAAACUAUGAAACGUGCAUGAACUUUGCUGGAGUUCUGAGGAGUUUCUUUCAAGUGUUAACAAACACACGGGGAAAUCAGAAUUGGAUGCUUUGCUCACUCCGAGCUAAUGGAGGAAAUAAAAUUGGGAAAAAUGCUGCUGAUGAUGAAGAGAAUCCCCAACAACUGAGCAGCUCAGUGAUAAAGGCCAGUCCAGAAGCAUCCUCUUCUGCAAUGAGAUUACAAUCAAAAGAAGUAUCAGAUGCAAAGAGUUCAAGAUCAACUGAUGCAGGAGGCAUUUCAGGAUUAUCUUCGUCAGUGAAGAAGUCGGAAUCAAAAGGUACAAACCAACCACAUGAACAGGGGAGAAGAAAUUAUUCGUAUCCGCCCAAUUACGCCUCACUAGUUCUAUUCUUCAAGCUUAUGAUGAAGGCCAUGCUAAUUAUUCUGGGAAUUGGCAUUUGGAAGAUAAAGAAAAUCCAAGAAAGGAAAGAGCGACAUAUAUGGGCUAAUCAGGUCAUGAAUGAACUGGUUCAGCGUACUUCCUUAUACAAGUACCAAAAUACUGGACGAAAUCCCCAUCAACCAAACAAAGAUAAAGAAGAAUGUGAUGUUCCUAAUCCUAUCUUGUUAGACCAAGCCCCGUCUUCAGCAGUCGAUCAUGUACCAUCUAAAGGUGGAAAUAAAAAUGUUGAAACAAAACUGUCGUCCUCAAACCAAAACAAGUAUCAGAUAGAGAGUGAUCAGAAUCAACCAGCACAUGAUUACGAACUUGGACUCAACAACGGUAAAGAGAGGAAGGAAAACAAACCCUUGGGAGAUAAGAAGAAUGGAAAUUGUGAAGCAGAUAAAAAGCAGACACCAAUAUUAAUUGCAGCAAAGAUGGGAGUGACAGAAAUGGUAGAAACAAUCCUAGACAAGUUCCCAGUGGCCAUCCAGGAUGUGGACUCUGAUAACAAGAAUGUUGUACUGUUAGCAGUUGAGAACAGGCAACCCCAUGUUUACAAUCUCCUGCGGAAGAGAAAGAUACUAAAAGAAAGCUUGUUGCGUCAGUUGGACAACCAAGGUAACAGCGCUUUACAUCUUGCCGCUAGAUGUGGACAGUACCGGCCUUGGCUUAUUCCAGGCGCUGCAUUGCAAAUGCAAUGGGAAAUCAAGUGGUAUAAGUUUGUCAAAAGCUCAAUGCCACAUGGUUUCUUUGUUCGCUACAACAAAAAAGGCCAGACCCCAAAGGAGAUCUUCAUAAAUACACACCGAAAUCUUAUAAAAGAAGGCAGCAAAUGGCUAACUAAAACCUCGGAGUCGUGCUCUGUGGUUGCAGCUCUCAUUGCAACGGUUGCAUUUGCAACAUCAGCAACUGUACCAGGUGGACUUAAUCAGAAUACAGGUGAACCAAUUCUUAAGGACGAGUCAGCAUUCGGUGCCUUCACCAUCUCAUCACUGACUGCUCUCUGCUUCUCAGUAACUUCCCUGGUCUUCUUUCUUUCAAUUCUCACUUCUAGAUAUGAAGAAAGCGAUUUUUCAAUGGACUUGCCUCGGAAACUUUUGCUGGGUCUAACAUCACUCUUCGCAUCUAUAGCUUCCAUGUUAGUCUCAUUCUGCACAGGGCAUAUCUUUGUCCUCAAACAUCAACUGAGAUAUGUGGCAUAUCCAUUGUAUGCAGCAACUUGCUUGCCGGUCACCUUUUUCGCUCUUGCACAGCUGCCCCUUUACUUUGAUCUCAUGAGGGCCAUCAUCAGAAAGGUACCACAGCGGAGCUAUGAGGUCUUUCCACACUAGUUCUUCAUAUGUUAUGGUAACAAGGUCUAAUGGGUUAUGCAGUUGAUCAUCUUGAGUGUUAAAAUUUGCUUUGUUAUGUUUUGUUUUGCUUUGAGAGUGAGGUUUAAUCAUGUGGAAUUUUUUGUAUGUGAAUGUUGUCAGUUCGACAUUAGUGUUA